UCAAACUGAUUGAAACACACCAGAUCAGAAGCAGACAUACAUUCUGAUCUUGUAGAAAGCACUUGCUGUGAUUUUGCUUUGCUGGCAAAGGUUUCUACCGUAAUACUUUCUGUGUCUCAUUAGUAAGUGCCAGUGGCCAGGCAUUUAUCAGCACAUGCCACAUCCAAUGUUAUUUUUUUUGUAGAUAGACUUGCUAGUCUCAGCUUGUAGUACUAGUAUAGUAAUUGUGUUGUUGUUUGAGGCGCAAAGGAAGCAUGGCACACCAACAGCAGCAGUUUUCCGAAUGCCUGCGUGCUGUGAAAUGCAUGCGGCCCGGUGCAGACUGUCGAUAUGAGCUGAAUGAGCAGCUGGAUGCACUACUGAAAUGCAAAUAUCACUCCUACGCACAGCCACCUUCUGCGGAGGAGAUUGAAGAUGUGCUGGUGACAUGCAUUCGGCUAGUGACGCCGGCGUAUGUGGUGCUACUAAGUAAGACUGCCCAGCUCAUUCACUACGCUCUCAGCAAACACAUGAUGGUCUUGUCACGCGCCGGCUUUGGUGAUGUGAUGGCGUUCACACUGUCUGCCGUUGAGACCGAGUGGACGGUUGCCGACGGUUUGAAGGCGCUGUCCGCCGUUCUUGUGCGGCACAACCACUUGCUCAGUGCCAAGUAUGUUGCAAUUCUUGCGGGGCAAGGCACUGCUGCAUUAGGCGGUCUACUGUACAAGGCCAUUGCCAAUCAGGAGAACAUUGAUGCCUGCUCCUCGGCCCUGCUCUGUCUGGGCCUUCUUGCAAACAAGAGUGCAAGCUGUGUGAAGCCGGUUUUGGACGAGGCUGCAGUGAGCAGGGCCAUCUCAACUGUGCUGCAAUGCCUGCAGGCGUCAGCUGGCAACAUGCCGGCGAAUCCCGAAGUGAUGAAACUGUGCACAGCUUGUGCGCAAGCACUGGCGUUGUUAUGGCCGCUGUCCAAGACGGCAGGUGACCUCCACGGCACCACGGUGGUCAACCACUGCAAGACACUGCUGGACAUGACCUGUGGUGCUAAGGACCCUGACCGCACCCAGCCCGCCGUCACCGUUGCUCAUCCCAGCCAUAGCUCGGAAAGUGUCGGCUAUUCCGGUGUCAGGGGACACGGCACGGAAGGUAUUCAAGGAGCGACAGUGACUGAACCCGUUCUUCCCUCGUCAGUAGUGAACUCGCUCAAGGCCACUGGCAUGACAAUUGAAUUGGGAACCGGAGACAGCAGUCGGAGCACAGGGUGUGCAGGACGAGCACCGCGGAGGCGCAAGAAAAAGAAAAAGAAGAAGAAAAAGGAUGGCGCAGAUAAUUCGCAAGCGGUCAUGGCUGUCCCUGAUGGAGAUACGGCAGCCCCAGCCAACGGUCUGGUGAGCGCCGAGUCAGGUGGAGAAAGUGAAGAUCCCGGUGACUCCGGUCCAGGAAAUCUGGCUGUUGAGGUGGCUCAGUCUGUUUUGGUUUCGCCACCGUCAGUGCCCGUACCCUCGAGACCGGUUAAGUCUGUACUGCCAUCACCUUCCCUUGCCAAGUUGCAGCCAUCUAGUGACUGGAGAGCUCCUGGUAGUGCCCCUUCUGUCACGUCUCGCAGUUCACAAGACUCGGCCCUCUCCGUAUUUCCUUCCGUCACCAGUUCGGAUUCAGAGCAAUCCGACUUGGAGGUCACGCGAAGGAAGCCCCUACCCCAACGCAAGGAAGAAGAGCUUGAGCUCCGUACCCUCCUGCUUUUGGACCAAGUUUUCUCGAGCUUGCAUCGCAAGACGACUUUUAGCUUCUGGCCAAUGUUGUUUCCUGAUGUCACCAUUUCCUCUCGCGGCCCGCUCUUCUCCGUUGCGCUUGGCAGCUCCUGCUCCAAGUCACGAGCGACCGCAUUCAUGGUCAUCGGUCGCCUCCUGGACGCCUCGCGCCAGUACCUACUGUUGGCAGACGACAGCGUGGCGCGGUCGCAUCACCGUGCCUUUACGCCGCUCUCGCAGACGCUGGGCUCUAUUCUGCGGCAGCUUUAUGAAUACACCGUGCAGCUGCUAACUAUGACAUCAUCACAGAGGGAAGUCUCUAACAGUGUGCUGGUGCAAGCUGUCAAAUGUUUGAGCCUGUUUGUGUGGAAUGCUCCCUUCCAUCGACUGCGCACUGGAUAUCUCACUCGUGUUGUUUCGGCACUUGAGCCUCUGUUGACACGGCGAGAUAUCACGGUGCGGACGGCAUGUCUCACUUGUCUGGGUGCAGUGGUGUGUGUGCAUGCGCCUCUGGACGAGGUCUCCGAUGCCCUGCGUCCCACUGUACUGUUGAGAAGUGGUGCAGCGGGGCCGGCAGCGCCGCUGCUGCGCCUUGGUUCUGGAAGCCACCGCGACAGUCCCAGCGAGGUCGCCUCCAGCAGUGCCACGGAUGGGGACGGCUUGUCCGACUGGAGAGUGGUGCACCAUGCUGGCCAGCAAACUCCUCACAUGAGAAAACCCAGCAUUGAGAGUACUGCAGGGAUUGCAGGCGGUGCAGAUUCGUUCUCUUGGCUCUCUCUCAAGGAUGGCCUCGAUGAACUAUGGUUCUCCGAGUUCACGUUUCCCUCGUCCACGUCAUGGUUGUGUCGACUCACGGUGCAUCUUAUAGUGUCUAAAGCAGUUGCCAAUUCACCAGCAUUGACUCACAAUUCAAGCGUGAAAUCCGCUACGCCGCCUCCUUUUCGCCAGAAACUCGUAAUUCGUACUGAAGCCAUGCAAGUCCUACUGGGCCUGGCGCACAAUUACUUUCAUCUAGUACGGGCCUACUGGCGUUCGCUAGUCUAUGUCGCUCUGGAAGUCCUCAUUGUCGAUACAGAGGAGACCAUGCGCCUCCAUACAUACAAGCUCUUGACAACACUGUUGCGGCAUAUCGGCGACGGAAUAGAUGCUGGAGACGAACACGGUGGAGCGACCGACGGCUGCGACCAGGUGUCAAUGAAUGAGCUGGCAGAGCUGUGGCAGCUUCUUCUGGACACAUGCCUAUUACCCUGUGUGUCAUGUAGUACUGCUGGUGGUGCCAACAGCAGUGCUGCAAUACUCUCAGCCACCGUCAAGUCUGCUGCCCUGGAUUGCGUCGCUGCCAUAAAUCCAGAUGCCUUCUCCCAAAUAGACGCCUGUACCAGGGAUGUGUGCCUGGACUCGGUGAAGAAGUUGUGUAAUGAUGCUGACCAAGUAGCACAAUGUUCAGCUAUCCGUGCUCUGGGGGUAUUCUUCACACAUCCUAAGCUUAGGAAGACCACUUCCUUCCUGGUCUCCUGUGUAAAUAUAGUACGUACUUCACUGGAGCUGCCUGUGCUUGCGGUGCGUGCUAAAUCCUCGUGGGCUUUCGGCAACCUAGCCGAGGCCGUCAUGCUCAACCGAGAGGAGGACAUUGCUAUGGAUUAUGAUCUAGUCAUGGAACUGCUAGCACAGGCGGUCAAGACAUCCGCAGACCAUGAUCGCGUCAAAACCGGCGGUGUGCGUGCCAUUGGUUGCUUGCUGCAAUGCCUCAGCGAUGAAGACUGUGGUAAAGAGGAAGUGUUGGUUUUGGUGCAGUCUGGCAUGCAGCAACUUACAAAGGUCGUAGCAAGCUCGGCCAUCACAGCAAAAGUACGCUGGAAUGCUUGCUAUGCCAUUCGCACUGCAUUAAGAAACCCGGCGCUGCCGACUGGAUGCUCAGCCUGGUCGCAAGGGAUGUUCACCGCACUGUUGUCAGUUGCACAGAAGCACAAGAACUUCAAGGUGCGCAUCGGAGCCGCCGCAGCUUUGUUGGCACCAGAGCAUCGCGUAGCGUUUGGUGACUCGCAACGCUUCCAGUGGAUCUGUGACCUGUUGCUAUCCGCUCUGGAGAGCUGCGAGAAUCUGUCUGAUUUUGGUGACCUGCGCUACAAGGACACCCUCCAGCGACAGCUGUGUAUUGUGGUACUGCGUCUGAUCAGUCUGGCAGAGAACAGGGAUGGUGAGAGACUACUCGCGCUGCUGAUGCCUAAGCUGGCACUACUGCACAGCGUCUUUCAGUCGGUCCUUGGCAAGGACAAGACGGAAAGCAGGCACCAGACUGCUGCGAAAGAACAUGAUGCGGACGAUGGUGCAGAUGCAGAUGUCACAGAUAAAUCAUCACCAUAUUCGGUGAAGGAGUUGCUGGACGUGCUGAGAGAUCGCCUCACCUCACUGCAGACUGCUGGUGAUGGUAAUGCUCAUCUCAAGCAGGUCUACACACACAUCCUAGAGCCGACCGGCAGCCGCGAGGAGUUCCCAUUCGAGCCCAACUACACGUAGUAUUGUGCUCUCGUAUGGCUUAUCUUUCCAUUCCGGCUGCCACCUGUGCCGGAUGUGCGUGCGUGUGUGCAUGUGUGUGUGUGUGUGUGUGCGUGAAAGAGAGAGAGAGAGAAAGAGAGCAUGUGUGUGUGCUUGCUUUCUUAAUUUCCUAGCUUCUACUAUUGGCCUUCUAGUGAUGAGGACGGCACACGCAAGUCAUCUUUGGGUUUGUUUUACUUUAUUUUUACUGAAGUUUAAUAUUGACUUUUGACAGAUCUAUUGGGUUCAUCACCGAAUAUUUUAUUGAUGGAAUGCGUGUUGCACACAUACUAUGAACAGGAAAAGUAUCAAGUGCUCCGAAGAGUGU